AUGGCAAUUUACCAGGGGCAGGAAAAAGAACUAUAUGACUCAAAACAAAGAGAAUCAUGGUGGAGGGAGUCCCUCAGGCCAACACCAAUUCCUGGGUCUUACCCAGUUCGGGACUUUCUUGAAGAUGCUCAGCUGAACCCAGUGAAAGCAACAUAUAAUUUUAAAGGAGAAGGCAGAAAGAAACUCUCCCUCUUCCACCAGAUGCCUGAUCUGACAUUACCAGAUACCUUUGAGUUUGUUCCUCCAUCGUUUGUGGAAUUAGCACAGAAAAGGCCAGCGACAUAUUCUUUUAAAAGUACUUCAAGGCAAAGUCCUACCAAUACAAUGUUUAAAGAUAAGAAUAUAACCACUGACCCUGGACAGUAUGAUCUUUUUCCUUCUCCAGUCCCCACUUUUCCAUCCAAGAAUUAUAUGUUUCGAUCUGCAGUUCAAAGGUUCCCAACUUUUAGGCCGAAAGAAGGUCCAGGACCAGGUGACUAUGAAAUGAAGGAAAAGCUGCCUCCACCUAUUCAGUCGUGCUUUCUCUCAAAAGUAUCACGGCUGCUACCAGCCCAUACUAAAGUACCUGGUCCAGGAACUUACUGGCCUACAAGACAGACUCCAAAACAACCGAGAACAAUUGCCAGCUUGGGUCGAGAGCACAGUAUCUUCUUCAGCAAUAUCCAUGAGAUUUAGAAUAGAGAUUGUUGCCAGCAUUCUACAAUCUAGGAGCACUGAUUCUGAUUUCCUCUAUCCCAGAGUUGUCAUCUCCCUACACAAAGACAGAUCUGCUUGCGUUUAUUCCUGUGCUUUGAAAUGAGUUGUGAUGCUCCUACGUUACAUCGGUGUCAUUUUGUUUACUCAGCUUCCU